UCCAAUAUUCCUGGCACACCCCUGUUCCAGCACGUGUAUCAUCGUCCCUCAAAACCCAACCGCCGAAGCACAAUCUAGCACCAUUUCGACUCUGUUUCUGGGUGUUGGGCAAAAAAGAAGAAGAGAAAAUUAAAGGGAUGGCGAAGGAAAUGAUGCAUGUUGAGAGUGGCGGCGGGAAUGUGAAGAAGAGAAUGAUGAAGAGGAGGAGGAAGAAGAAAAACAUUCACAAAGUGAUCGAUUAUCUGUUAUCUGAUUGCUACUUAUUUGCUCCUCUAAUUUCUCCUUCACCCUUCAAUUCUUAUCGCGCACCCAGAAAAGGUUCAUCCUUCAUCUCAGAUAUCGAAUUUAGGGAACGCCCAAAAGAUCACCGGAGUUUUCUCAAGAAGAUGGUGGAUUAUUUGAAAUCCGAUUGCUACAUGUAUGCUUCUCUCGUUGCACCACAAUCCUUCAAAGGGCGUGCUGGGUAUGUAAAAAGGGUAGUAACUACGGAAGUGUCGGCGAGAAGAUUAAUUCUCAGAGGGGACGAAGUUAUGAGUGAAUCCGCUGCGAACAUGACUAAAGAGAGGAGAAUUUGCAGCACUGAUUUAAUGGAAGCGGAGGUUGUUAUGGAUCAACCAAAUGCGACAAGAAAGGAGCCACCUUUCUCACUCCACAUGCCUGCCACUCGAUGCUCUGUUCGCAAUCAAAACACGCCUCGGCCUAUUCGUAUGGCUUCAUAAUGGACCCUCUCCCCUGUAUUUGAUAAUAUGUUUCAUUUUGACUCUAAUAAUAAGUCUAUAGUGUUGAAUAUAUAUAGUUUUGAGGUUUAAUUAUGAAUGGCA